GCAUGCAAUGCAUAGUCUUCGUCUACGCAAUUGUUUAUGGUUUUGAAGCUUGGAAUCUCAGCGGCACCCACACCCACACCCACAGCAGCUAACAUCUUUAAAGCUUUUCUUAGAAAAGGUGUUUCUGUAAACAUGGCGCACAAACUUGUUCAACUGACUUUGUGUUUGUGGGUCUUUACAACCUUAGUUCUCCUCUCUCCCUCUGCUGCCCUAUCCCGGCUUACUUUGAAGAAGCAAAGAUUGGAUCUUAAUGGUAUCAAGACUGCCAGAAUUGCAAGGGGCAUGCUUCAUAACAUCGCAAGUUCAGACGGAGAGGUAAUACCUCUUAAAAACUACAUGGAUGCCCAAUAUUAUGGAGUCAUAGGCAUUGGCUCACCUCCACAAAACUUCACCGUCAUUUUUGACACCGGUAGUUCCAAUCUCUGGGUUCCUUCUUCCAAGUGCUACUUCUCUAUUGCUUGCUAUUUCCACUCGAAAUAUAAGUCUAGCCGAUCCAGUACAUACACCAAGAUUGGAAAACCUUGUGAAAUAAAUUAUGGAUCAGGAUCAAUAUCUGGUUUCUUCAGUCAAGAUAAUAUUGAAGUUGGGGGUCUUGUCGUUAAGGAUCAAGUUUUCAUCGAGGCUACUCGUGAAGGAAGUUUCCCUACUUUUGUGUUAGCGAAGUUUGAUGGAAUCCUUGGGCUUGGAUUCGAGGAGAUCUCAGUGGGGAAUACUACUCCUGUGUGGUACAAUAUGUUGAAGCAAGGUGUUGUUAGAGAGGAUGUGUUUUCAUUCUGGCUUAACAGGGAUCCAUCCGCCACAUACGGAGGUGAAAUUGUUUUUGGCGGUGUUGAUCCUACGCACUAUAAGGGCAAGCAUACUUACGUUCCUAUUACUCAUAAAGGCUAUUGGCAGUUUGAGAUGGGGGACUUCCUUAUUGGAAACCAUUCCACAGGUGUUUGUGUGGGAAGAUGUGCUGCUAUUGUGGAUUCUGGAACAUCCUUACUUGCUGGCCCCACAGCAGUUGUUACUGAAAUCAAUCACGCUAUUGGAGCUGAAGGAGUGGUCAGUGCUGAAUGUAAAGAAGUUGUCUCUCAGUAUGGUGAUCUCAUAUGGCAACUCUUAGUAUCAGGGGUGCAACCCGACGUAGUCUGUACCCAGAUCGGCUUAUGUCUUUUCAAUGAGACUCACGAUAUGAGCAGAGUAAUUAAAACAGUGGUUGAGAAGGAAAACAAGGAAGAGUUAUCAGUUGGGGACAAAGUUCUGUGCGCUGCCUGUCAGAUGACUGCCAUUUGGAUUCAGAAUCAGCUUAAACAAAAGCAGACCAAAGACACAGUUCUCAACUACGUGAAUGAGUUGUGCAAGAGCCUACCAAGUCCGAUGGGAGAGUCGGUAAUCGACUGCCGGAGAAUUUCAUCGAUGCCGGAUAUUACGUUCACGAUUGCGGACAAGCCGUUUAAGCUCACUCCGGACCAGUAUGUUGUGAGAGCUGGAGAAGGUAUUGCCACAGUGUGUGUGAGUGGAUUCACGGCUUUGGACGUGCCCCCACCAAGGGGUCCUCUGUGGAUUCUGGGAGAUGUAUUCAUGGGGGUAUACCAUACCGUUUUCGACUACGGUAAUCUCGAAAUCGGUUUUGCUGAGGCUGCUUAGUUCACCACACUGUUCUUGAUUGUUCUAUAGGUUACUAGCUUUCGUUUAUAUACAUGGAAUGGAUAACUGUAAUCUGAACCAUUGC